AUUUCUUUCAUUAUGCUACUUUUAUACUGCGUGAUCAGGGACCCAUAAAAUCGUAAAACAUAAAAAAUUGAAAUUUAAAACAAAAACAAUACACCCGGUCGUUAAAAUCUUAACUCCUCUAACAAAGUAGACGAAUGUUUGUAGCAGACUGACUAUAAAAUUUAGCCAUUAUGUGGAGAAACUUUCGCACAAAUCUGUUCAAUUUUCUGUUCAAAAUUAUUUCAGAAACUGGUAGCGCAUUUUAAAGUUUCCUUGGAUCACAUCUCUUCCAUGGAUAAAUAACACAACACAAGGUUUAAUAUGGCGCAACAUGGAGAGUUGCGUAAAAGCAUCAGCUUAGAAGAAGAGGGUUCAAAGCACGCCAAGUUGCUGUCUUCGUUCAAAGCCGAGGAAUCAGCCUCUGAAAUCAUCUCGGUGAAUCCAUUCGAGUCCUGGGUCGCCCCCGUUGCAGCCCAGAAGGUAGUUCUGUAUAACGACAAUGGCGAGAACGUCAGAGACAUUGAUGUUACUUUCAAGAUCCAGUGCUUCGGCGUCUUUGAUAGAAAAAACUUUAUACUGAGUGAUUACAGCGGCAAAUGUAUCUAUAAGCUGUCGCACGAAGGCGAACUUACAAAACUUGUUAGUACGUCUCCUUUCAGUCCAAAUGGCAUCCGGGUAUUUUCGAAUGAUCGCGGAUUCGUCGUUUGUAUGGUGGGAACGACUGGCGGAAAAAUCGUGCGUUACACACAUGAUGGAAAGUCCCGCACCAAGACGUACCAGAAAGAUGAACGCGGACAUCCUCUCUUCAAAUUUCCACGCAGAGUCGUGGAUAACAUGAAUGAAGAUCUCAUUGUCGUAGACAUCAUGUUCAAAUCUGUUAUCUGCGUUAACAAAGAAGGAAAUCUUCGUUGGGUUUACAAAGGCUCUCUCGAGAGUCGGAAGAAUGGGAUCGACUUCGAUCCUUGGGAUCUGACGACAAAUUCCAAAGAAGAAAUCAUCAUAUCGAACACUAAGCCAAAUACUAUCGACAUUGUCAACAAAGAUGGGCUGUUCAUGAUGUAUCUGGUUACCAAAAUAGAUGGUAUAUCUCAUCCUCUGGGAAUCUGUGUAGACAGUGAGGGCAAACUAUGGGUGGGGCAGGCGUCAGGAAAGGUGUCCAUCUUCAACUAUUUAAAUGAGGGAUAGUGAACGUCUUUACUACACAGGAUGUCUGGUAUCAUAAACCGGACUUCAUUUUUUUGUCUUUCUGGAUUUAGAAUAGCUUGGAUAACUGUGGUGUGUGUGUUUGUACUGAAUAAUUCACAGGCGUAUGUUCAAUAAAUAUAUAAGACUAAG